AUGCGACAUGAAUUUACCUCGCUGGGGUCAUUGCGUGCAAAGCACCUCCAUAUCCGCCCAAGCAGGCUCUCCCUUUUCCAAAGGAGAUGCGAUCGAUGGAAUAGCUCAAACAGCACGCCAGCACAAGAGCCCAUUAUAUUUUCCGGGAUUCAGCCAACUGGGGUGCCUCAUUUGGGAAAUUAUCUAGGAGCUUUACAUCAAUGGGUAAAGCUCCAGCAGGAUGCAGCCGAAGGAACCAAGUUAUUUUUCUCUAUUGUUGAUCUACAUGCAUUGACAGUACCGCAAGAUCCAGCUCGAUUGAAGAGAUGGCGGAAAGAGGCCUUUGCAACAUUGCUUGCUGUGGGCCUGGAUCCUAAACGCUCGACAAUAUUCUACCAGUCCGGUGUGCCGGCACAUACCGAGUUGAUGUGGAUUCUCAGUACAGUGGCUUCCAUGGGGUAUCUGUCGCGUAUGACACAGUGGAAGAGCAAGCUACAACUGCCCGACGAUGCCACACUGGAUGAUUCGACGGCACGGGCACAGCUGCGACUUGGUCUUUUCUCCUAUCCAGUACUACAAGCUGCUGAUAUCCUUGUGCACAGAGCUACCCAUGUCCCAGUUGGGGAAGACCAAAGACAGCACCUAGAAUUUUCCCGAUAUACCGCGAACAGCUUCAACCACCUCUACGGGCCAAUUUUCCCCAUCCCAGAGGCAUUGAUAUCUCCUGCCAAGCGAGUGAUGUCCCUCAAGGAACCCACUUCCAAGAUGUCCAAAUCGCACGCCGAUGAGAAAUCUCGGAUUAUCCUUACCGAUUCGCCGGCUGAAAUCCGUCAGAAAGUCAAGGUAGCCCUGACCGACUCGGAAGCAAACAUCACCUACGACCCGACGCGUCGGCCUGGGGUGUCUAAUCUUAUUGAGAUCCUCAGCCACCUGGAAGGUGUACCAUGUGAGGAGAUUGCGACUGACUUCCACAGCACCAGUCUCCGGUCACUCAAGGAACAUGUUGCAGACCGGAUCGCAUAUCAUUUGCAAGAAAUCCGAGAUCGGUAUAUUACGAUCAUGGAGGAUCAGACUGGUUACCUGGAGUCAGUGGCUGAGGAAGGCGCCGAAGCAGCGCGGGCCAACAGUCGGGUGACCAUGCAGCAAAUUCGGGAAACGAUGGGUCUAUAA